UUUGAGGAGCAGAGCUGGAGCACAAGGGUUAAUAAUUUUGUGGAAACAGUUAGAGCUCUCUCUCUCUCUUUUUUUUUUUUCGUUCCUCUUCUGCUAGGUGUAAGUAUACAGCAGGGCCCUGCAGAUUGUUGGCCUUCUCCUUCCAAUAAACAUCCACACUCUCCUUACACAUCCAUACUCUCCUCCUUUCCUCCUCCCAAGCAGAGCACAUGUGUCCAUAGUACUACGGAGGAGGAGAAGGAGGAGGAGGAGGAGAAAGAAGAGGAGGAGGAGGAUUCUUUAGAGAAGAGAGCCCUUUCAAAGUUCCACGCUGCAGUCUCUUACUGCAGUCUCUCCCUGCAGUCUCUCCUUGCCACCGGGGACGGGCACAGCCCCAGGUCCCUCUGAAUGAAUUGCUAAACUGCCACCUGCUUCUGAGCAUUGUUCAACCUGGCAGAAUCCUUAGAACCAGGAGCAGGUAAAUAAAGGCAGCUAAAGCUGACUGCUGGUUGCGGAAAAUCUCCCUGGCUCUUCUGGCUAAAGUCCUACCACUUCCUGUACCUGGCAGCAGCCUGUCUUCUGGGCCUCACCUAUACACGUCUGGGUAGGAGCCAGUCAUCUCCAUCCAUCCACAGCCAUGAAUUUCCUCCGGCGACGUCUCUCUGACAGCAGCUUCGUGGCCAACCUGCCUAAUGGCUAUAUGACGGACCUGCAACGCCCAGAUAGCUCCACCAGCUCACCUGCUUCCCCAGCCAUGGAGAGGAGGCACCCCCAGCCCCUGGCUGCCUCCUUCUCCUCUCCAGGAUCCAGCCUUUUUAGCUCCCUCUCCAGUGCCAUUAAGCAGGCCCCUCAGGCCACCUCAGGACUGAUGGAGCCUCCAGGUCCCUCCACGCCCAUUGUUCAAAGACCCAGGAUCCUGUUGGUGAUCGACGAUGCCCAUACAGACUGGUCGAAGUAUUUCCAUGGGAAGAAGGUGAAUGGAGAGAUUGAGAUUCGAGUGGAGCAGGCUGAAUUCUCAGAGUUGAACCUAGCGGCCUAUGUGACCGGGGGCUGCAUGGUGGACAUGCAGGUCAUGAGAAAUGGGACCAAAGUGGUGAGCAGAUCCUUCAAGCCAGACUUCAUCCUGGUCCGCCAGCACGCCUACAGCAUGGCCCUGGGGGAAGACUACCGCAGCCUGGUCAUCGGCCUGCAGUAUGGAGGGCUGCCUGCUGUCAACUCUCUCUACUCCGUCUACAACUUCUGCAGCAAGCCCUGGGUGUUCUCUCAACUCAUUAAGAUCUUCCAUUCCCUGGGUCCUGAGAAGUUCCCGCUUGUGGAGCAAACAUUUUUCCCCAACCAUAAGCCAAUGGUCACAGCCCCACACUUCCCGGUGGUAGUCAAGCUGGGACAUGCCCACGCUGGAAUGGGAAAGAUCAAAGUGGAAAACCAGCUUGACUUCCAGGACAUCACCAGCGUGGUCGCCAUGGCCAAAACCUACGCCACCACCGAGGCCUUCAUCGACUCCAAGUACGACAUCCGCGUCCAGAAAAUUGGAUCCAACUACAAGGCCUACAUGAGAACCUCCAUCUCUGGGAACUGGAAGGCCAACACAGGCUCUGCCAUGCUGGAGCAGGUGGCCAUGACAGAGAGGUACAGGCUGUGGGUGGACAGCUGCUCGGAAAUGUUUGGCGGCCUGGACAUCUGUGCCGUCAAGGCCGUCCACGGCAAGGAUGGCAGAGAUUACGUCAUCGAGGUAAUGGACAGCUCAAUGCCGCUGAUCGGAGAGCAUGUGGAAGAGGACAGACAGCUGAUGGCAGACCUUGUUGUCUCCAAAAUGAGCCAGCUCCUGAUGCCAGGAGGCACAGCGCCCUCGCCCCUGAGACCUUGGGCUCCACAGACUAAAUCAGCGAAGUCCCCAGGGCAAGCCCAGCUGGGGCCUCAGCUAGGACAGCCCCAGCCACGCCCACCUCCGCAAGGAGGCCCUCGCCAAGCUCAGUCUCCUCAGCCCCAGAGAUCUGGAAGCCCCUCCCAACAGAGGCUCUCCCCACAAGGCCAGCAGCCCCUGAGCCCCCAGUCCGGAUCUCCGCAGCAGCAAAGGUCACCAGGCUCUCCGCAGCUAUCCCGGGCAUCCAGUGGAAGCUCCCCAAACCAGGCCUCCAAGCCAGGUGCCACCCUCACCUCACAGCCCCGGCCCCCUGUGCAGGGCCGUAGCAUCUCCCAGCAGGGUGAAGAGUCCAAGAAGCCAGCACCACCCCAUCCGCAUCUCAACAAAUCUCAGUCCCUGACCAACAGCCUCAGCACAUCCGACACCUCCCAGCGUGGGACCCCAAGUGAAGACGAGGCCAAGGCCGAAACCAUCCGCAACCUGAGGAAGUCUUUUGCCAGCCUGUUCUCUGACUAACGCCAUCCAGGCUGGGAGGGGAAGAGUGCUCUGCUACACUCGUCCCCCUCCUGCCUCAUCUUCCUUCUCAGCCUUGGUUCCUGAUGGGAACAGAAUGGAGGGCCUGAGAACAUACUUUCUAAAUGCCUUUGACCCAGGAACCAAUUAUCUAUAUUUUUUCCAUUUUCCUUUACCGUGACAUUCCAGCAUUGUCUGGCUGAGAGGUGGGCCUCUGAGAGCCUCCAAGUUCCUCAAAACAGGCCUGAGCGACGGGCAUCACACCCUCUGCCUACCCACAUGCCUGCUUCCCUGCCAGAUAACCAAGUGAGAUGUCUGCAAGUGGCUAGUUUUCACAUUCUUACUAGUAUUUGGCUCACUUUUGGGCAAAGGCCCCCUCUAGGCCUUGCCCCACCUCCAUCAAACGCAGACACUGUAGUCAGACCUCAGCAAUACAGGAGGCAAUAAUCUUUUAACAGUGUUUUGCAAACAAAAAGAGAAAAUCCCAGCCAGGGGAACUCACCACCUGCCCAGGCUAGUUCCAUCCACACUCAAGACCUGCCCUUAGACCAGGCAGGCAAAGGCCCUCAUCACACUCGACUUAGUGGGGUCCUGAGGCCAAGAAAGAAACCAGACCCUGUAUGACAAGUGGGGUUUUUCAGAACACAAUAGAAACAGGGGGACCCUUGUAAUGCCACUCAUACUGAGAGCAUUAUUCUUAUUUGGACAGCCAAGGGCAGAUCACAGGUUAUUGUAGGAAUAAAGACUAGUUUACAAAGGAGAAAGAGACCCUGCACUUCCCAAGGAAAGGGUCAGUUUCGGGCUCCUGUACCUAUUCUGUUACACCACUGUUUGGUCUCUCUGGCUUCCCACCAGGAAUGCCAUUUCCUUUUUAUGGAUCUGUUGGGAACCAGAGAGAAUCAACAGAUCAAUGACAUAGGAUCCGAAGUGCAAUGAUAGUCACUUCUAGUUUGGCAUUUCACAAACUCUGUACAGCAAGGUAUUUAUUGGUAGGUUACUCAAUUUCAAAAGGGCCCCAUGGUCAACUAUGUUUAGGAACCACUGUUUGUAUUUCUUUUUUGGAGAUGCAUUGUAUAUAAUGUAUGUCAAAGGCUUUCGGAAUUCCUGCAGGAAAGAAAUCAGCUUUGUUAAAUCCAAACUGAUUUGACUCAGCAAGUUAGUUGCAGAGCUGGAAAAAGUAGUCUAACUCCCUUCCCAGUGCUCUUUCCCCUAUACCAGUCUGCCUCUCAUGCUUAGAUAGGGUUCAGGGGUGAUCCAAAUCACCAAGCACCUGGUGCUAGAAACACUGUAGGUGCCAGAAGCAGCCUCCUGGUCCCAAAGAGAGCCCAAGAUAUUAGAACAUAGCCUUGUUAGCCCCUUGCCUCCCACUUCGCAACCUGAGAUAUGUCUUCCCUUUUCUGUCCACAGGGAAGAGAGAGAGGGAGGUAAAAAUGGAAGUGGCUCUGGCCUGGAGCAGCUUCUAGUUAUGCCCAAGCAAUGUAGAGUGUUUGGUAAUUAGCCGAACUCCAUCCAGGUUCCCAGAAGCAUAAAAGCAAACAUCUCCUUUUUGGUCCUCCAAAACCAAACUGGAGUGGUGACGUCAGGGCCAGAGACCCUCUCCUUCUGUGGGCAUUGGGUCAGUUAGAACUCUCAACCUCAGAAAAGCCUGCCUUCAAGCUGGCUUUUGACAGGCUAUUGGCUGGAGACUGGCUCAGUAUCGAAAGUGCUAGCUGUGCACCUGGUGCCAGAAAGCCACUUGGCCUUUAGGGUGGUCCUCUUCACAUUGCCCUCUUCCCUCACUCAUGAUCAGGUCUGGAUUUAAGAGCAAGAGACCCCAGGAUAAUUCAGAAGUCCUCUCUCUCUCCUCCUGUUCAAGACUCUUGGUCUGGGAUUCAGUAAUAAGUAGCAGACCUGGCAUAAGAAAGAUCAGAUAGAUAGGUCCAAUUGCCAGUGACCACUGGGAGCCAUAAUUUGGCAGCUGGAGACUGGUAGGCUCAGGCCUGACUAACACUGGCUAGGAUCAGCAGCAAAUAAAAUAGCCACUGUGUGAGGUGAGAGGUGAAGAGGUGAAGGCCUGGUACUCUUUCUAGUGCCUAAAAAGCCCACCACCCUUAAUCUAGCUCCAUGCUCGGCUGAGUUCCAUGUUAUAGGACAGUCCCUGCAUGUCUGGCAUGUCUGGAGCUCACUCUGCCCAGUAACACAUCUCCCUUCUUUUUGCUCAGCCUGUGCAAUGCAACAGAACUAGUCUGGCCAGGAGCUGGCAGAAUCCUAACCAGAGGCAGCUGAGAUGAUGCAGUGGGCAGUCAGACACAUGAAGCUGCUGCUUUGCAGGCAUCGCUCUCAACACAUUCUUCUAGACCCGCAAGGUGGGUGGAGGUGGGGGUCCUGGGGUCAGUAUCCCACAGUCAUGCUUGAGGGAGGUCAGGUGAUGGCAAGGAAUAGAUCAGACCAUUUAUAAUCCAGUAGAACUUUGCUUCAUCCUCCUGCUGCUGCUCACUCAAUUCUCUCACCACUCCCUGGGAAUUUCGGAAGAAAGCCAAGUGGGGCAUAAGGAAAAGAGACAGGAGGUGAAAUUCAAAAUAUCAGAUGCAGGUACCUUUUAAAGCUAUUCUGUUAAAAGAAAUCUAACAGAAGAGAGUAUAAAUAUUGAUUAACGUAAGGUUUGUUGAUUAGCCAGUGAUUCUAGGAGUCCCAUUACUUAAACACACACACACACACACACACACACACACACACGCACGCACGCCUGGAUAAUAACUGGGAAUUGACAAAUGCGCAUCCUAAAAUCCUGUCACCUCGCUAUCAGUUCAUAGUUCUCUGAAAACCGGCUUCAAGAGGAGAAUGGCUUCCCCACUUCCCCAAGAAGAUAGGGAUCACUAGUAUAAGUCACACAAUGAGAGAACCAGAAUACCAGCCUCUCAGACUGGAAGGUUCCUGGGCCCUUCCCCCUUCUUUCCUGACGAGGGCAGGUGAGGUUCCCCCAUUAGAAGGACCUGGGGCACUGCUUAUAAGAGCAGCCUAUUACAAGAUUCAAGCACACAGAGCUAUAGGAGUUGAAGUUUGGUUUCUUCCUCUUAAAAAAAUAUAUAUCCACCCUCCUUACACAGGGGUAGACCUUUCAAAUAUUAAUAAAUAAUGCUGUGCGACAUCUUGAAUAAACAGGUAAGAGAAAACUUGUAGGGCAGGGUGUAACCACAAGGUCCUCAAGUUUCAGGAGAUUAAGAACACAGGAAACCCCUGUGGCAAUCGUCCCUCUUCAACAAUCUCACCCAAUUUUCACUUAGUAAUAAAAGGCAGUUCAAAACACACAACCGAAUGGUAA